AUGGAGUCGCUCGCAGGCAAGCAGCAUCGCACCUCACGGUCGAGGGCAGCCUGUGCCGGAUGUCGAGCCACGAAGCAGGUCAGUGUAUCUCUUAUGACCGGAGCUAGUCACCGCCUGCCCCAGGGUUGUGGAACGCCGCGGACAGCAUGUAGCGGUGAUGCCCCUGAGCCCGCUUAGCUGAGCUCAGCCAAUGCUAGGCUCAACCACUCCGCUUCCCACGCGCUGUGACCGAGGCGUAGCGCACGCUAUAGAGCCGGACGGUUGUGGUGUACCAAGCUACUGACCGUUAUUAUAUCGUGCCCACUCCAACAGAAAUGCGAUGGGCCAUCGCGGAUCCCGUGUCGCCGCUGCGAGUUGUGAGUCGUCCCCUCGUCUGACCUCCCCGUGCGCCGGGCUCCACGUCACGUGCGGCGUGGUCGUCCACUGCCACUGCCCGACGCCCGACGAUGGGCACUGCACAUGUGCCAGCAUGGGCGAACGUGGCUCCGAGUGGGCUCGUCGGAGGUCGAUUUCUACGAUCGUGUUCCGUAGACAGACUCCUGACGAUCCUCCUUAUCCUGUACUGCCAGGUACGGCUUGGCAUGCGAGUAUCCUCCCGUGCAACCGCCCCCCAAGCCGAGCGCCAACCCUCGAGCAGCAGGGACUGCCGCGCCGGCUGUGGCCAGCACCAGUUCGUCGCUUCCCCCGACCUCGCAGCUGUCACACCAACCACCCUUUGUGGCCGCAGGCUCCAAUGAGAGUGUGUUAAACGACACGUAAGCCUUGGAUGGUCUUUGCUUUAUCGAUCUAGCCCGGGGACACGGUACAUAUUGAUGCUCACUUUCACUUUUGCUCGCGUCAGUCUUCGCGAAAUCGUUGAUCGCUUGCGCUCGCUCGAAACCUCGGUCACAAACUUGCAUCUCAACUCGAACACGUUCGAAUCUACAUCGCAAUCGGAGAAAUCCCCAGACCCACUACUUAUUGCCGCCGGACCGUAUCCUGAAGCUUCGGAACCCACCCCGAGUGAUUCGCCCGAUUCCGGAGACGGCCAACAGAUCGCCCCGAGCUCGACCCUACCUUGUCACGCGUUGCAAAACAUCUCGGCCACGAUCGACUUCAUUGAGGCUUUGGAAACGUCCCAGAUGGCACCCGCGUUGCAAGACCUCGAUGGCUUUGCUGAAGCAGCACGCUCCACGUUCCCGACUCUCGAAUCCAUGCUUCCCGACACGAUGAGACCCGACGCGAUCGAUCGCGGCAUCCUCAGCAUCGCCGAGGUCGAAGCGAACUUUAUGGUCUUCUUCCGUAUGCUCGCACCAUGGAUACUGGUGUUUGACCUCUCCAAGGACUCAAAUGCGAUGGAGGUCCGAGAGCGGUGUCCACUGCUGUUUCACACGAUCCUGACCUCGACGGGUUACUACCUCAUGGGCACAAGCGAACGCGGGACCAAAGUUUACAAGGCGCUGGUCGCUCUCACCAACGAGCUGAUCGCACCCAUCAUAAUCAGCACUCAGGUAUACGACCUCAACAGCGACCUACUUCGAGCGCUAUGUCUCCUCAUGAUGUACAAGCCCGUUCAACUCCCCGCAUUCCACUUCUCUGGACGCGUUCACACCGCCGAGCGAGCCGAGCAAUACGCCAAACUCAACACCACCUCCUCAUUCGUACUCUGGGGUAUCAUUGCUCGAGUUUCGACGCGUAUUGGGUUGCCGUCCGUUCCGAGCCUCUUCGCCAAACUUUAUUCGCCUGACGUGCCCGUGCCUGCGAGUGUCGUUGCCGACUUGCGGUUAUGGAUGUGGAUUAUCGUCAUCGAUAAUCAUGCCGCGCUUACCAUAGGACGACCCACUACGCUCGACAUGACCGAUGUGCUUCGCGUUACCCGACUUCUCGCCUCGCUCAAACUUCAAACCGGAGAUGUCCGUCUCGCGGCCUUGGUGGAGCUCUACGCGAUCUCGCGGCAUCCUGUGUCCAAGGCUUGGUUCACCGACUUUACGAAACGAGCGCCGGCCUACGAGUUGCGCAAGUUUAAUCGAGACCUCGACGAAUGGGAGCAGUACUGGUCCGAGCCACUCGAGGCGGCGGCCAAGGAAGGCGAUGCCCUCGCCAUGCAUCCGAUCGACGUCAUCUCCCACCUGAUUCGCGCCAUCAUCAACUCGACGGUCUUCAUGCGAUGGCAAAAGGAGCGACGUGUUUCGCUCGCCAAAGGUCUCAAUGAACGGCCCGAGAUGUCGAGCGACGAUUGGAACAGUCUCCAGAUCACCCUCGAUGCCGUAGAGAGGCAGAUCUUUGCCCUUUCCGCUGAGUCAUGUGUCGAAGGUUCGCAGCGUCGGGAAGUGCACUGGGCGAGCCGUCCGUUCGAUAUCCCGAAAGGAGGUCGACCGUUCUUGACGCUUGAUCAGAAGGUCGUAGACGUCUAUCGCACAGCGUUCGACCCCAUAAUUUGUGUCGCCUUCGUCUACCCGCUGCUGCUCGUCGCUCGGAUGUGUAACGCGGCGUUGGUCAACUGCGAGCUGAAGGUUAAGGAUCAGAACGCGUACGAAAGUGGCUCGCUUACGUUGAACAAGCCGCAGUUCAUGAUCAAGGGUGCAAAGGUCGCCCGGUUGCUGGACCUCGGUUCUCGCUUCCUUGAUGCCGUGGCGCCGACGUCGUCUCAUCCAGCGAAACGCCACGCCCGCAUCUUGCGUGCGAUGUUCGUUCUUGGGUCGGUCGACCUUUCUCAGCUCCCCAACACACCAAGACGCGAUUCAGUGGUAGAGCCAGCGCUUGACGAAGCCACCACGAUCGUAGACCUCAGCCACGGCGAUUCUCAUUCGCCUGCGCUCGCGAGCUCUGGCCAGCCUCCACCUUCCUAUCACGGGCAUCAACAACAAGAUCCUACCGACUCGAAGUCCUCGCCCAGGACAAGAUAUCCUUCGGCUCAGACGUCGUUCGACCUCUUGGGGCCCUCGGCCGUCCAACCCAUCGAAGCGGGAGAGAUGUUGCAGUCGAUUCUUUCUGGUAUCGACCUGACUUUCUUCGGUCAAGAGAUGGCAUACGGUUUGGAGCCGGCGCGUUCGAACGCCGAUCCGGUCGGAGACGGAGGCGCAAUGAUGGUUGAUUGGGCCGACCUCGAUAGCACAAUCAAUUCCGUUGAGCCGCUGCCGCAGUUCUUGCCUUCGCAGGCGGACUACUUUGAGAUGUUGACUCGGCAGGGUCAGAUUUGA